UAUGUAAAUAUAUGUAUAUACAUAUCGGUUAAUACUUUUUGCAUAUUUAAAUGAAAUCCCCUGUCGAAUGUCUGUCGCCCGUUACGCAUAAUUGUUCUGCCUGAUGUCGCAGACCGGGGUCAGUUGUCAAUUUGAAAAGUAGUGUGUGAGGAAUGCGAAUGAAACCUUAGAAAUUAAUUUAUCACACUUUUGCAGUGCCGCCCCGCCUCGCAUUCGUGUAAAUAACUCUGUUUUGCUACAAAAGAACCAUAAACCAAAGAAAUUCCCAGCAUUUAUUGCAUAAUGCGAUCAGGUUUAUUUUAAUAAAUUCGGAAAAUUCGAAAAAUGACAUGGACUGCAGAGCAAUGUGUCGCAAAACACUGCACUACAUACUCGUAUUACCUACUAUUAAAAUUCAAAGUUAAGUUGUGUGUUCAUAAUGCAAAAAAUUAGUAAUCAAUUGAGAAAAUACAAAUGCCUGAUUGCAGUCGCAAUCAUUCUGCAUAUAGUCGAGAAAUCGAUUUUGCUGUGCAAUUGUGUUCAUGGUUUCAGAAACAAUACGGAGAGCGCCGAGCUGGUUUCCCAUUACGAAUCGAGUCUAUCGCUGCCCGACAUAUUGCCAAUACCUUCGAAAACAUACGAUAAGAAUCGUGCCCCCAAGCUUUUGGGUCAGCCAACAGUCGUUUACUUCCAUGUAACCGUACUCUCCCUAGAUUCAAUUAAUGAGGAAUCCAUGACCUACGUGACGGACAUAUUUCUUGCACAAAGCUGGCGCGAUCCUCGACUAAGAUUACCCGAGAACAUGAGCGAACAGUAUCGUAUCCUGGAUGUGGAUUGGCUGCACAGUAUUUGGCGUCCCGAUUGCUUUUUUAAGAAUGCGAAAAAGGUCACUUUCCACGAGAUGAGCAUACCGAAUCACUAUCUUUGGUUAUAUCAUGACAAAACGCUGCUCUACAUGUCGAAGCUAACGCUGGUUCUGUCCUGUGCCAUGAAAUUCGAAUCCUAUCCGCAUGACACACAAAUCUGUUCCAUGAUGAUUGAGAGUUUAUCCCAUACAGUGGAGGACUUGGUCUUUAUUUGGAAUAUGACCGACCCACUUGUGGUCAAUGCGGAGAUAGAGCUGCCACAAUUGGACAUUUCCAACAACUAUACGACGGAUUGCACUAUAGAAUACUCAACCGGCAACUUCACCUGCCUAGCCAUUGUGUUCAAUUUGAGACGACGUUUGGGCUACCAUUUAUUUCAUACAUAUAUUCCGUCUGCUUUAAUUGUGGUCAUGUCGUGGAUAUCCUUUUGGAUUAAACCGGAAGCCAUACCGGCUCGAGUCACCCUCGGCGUAACAUCCUUGCUCACACUGGCCACUCAGAACACCCAGUCCCAACAGUCGCUGCCGCCCGUGUCGUAUGUCAAGGCGAUAGACGUCUGGAUGUCAUCGUGCUCAGUGUUUGUCUUUCUAUCCCUGAUGGAGUUCGCUGUUGUGAACAACUUCAUGGGCCCCGUGGCCACCAAGGCCAUGAAAGGCUAUUCGGAUGAGAAUAUAACUGAUAUGGACGAUCUAAAGGUGAGUUGUUGUUAUACUACGGUAGAUAUACAAUGGGUUCUAGCUAAUGCUUUACAGCAUCACCAUCGUGAAUCGAUCAUUGAGCCUCAAUACGACACUUUCUGCCAUGGCCAUGCUACAGCCAUUUAUAUAGAUAAAUUCUCGCGCUUUUUCUUCCCAUUCUCGUUCUUCAUACUCAACAUUGUCUACUGGACAACGUUCCUUUGAUGAAUGUUGAUGAAGGAAGAGACGAUAUAC